UAUCAUUUAAUCAAAGGGAAGUAAUUCGAGUUGUCUUCCUCUAUCUUAAGUCGGUCAACAACUUGUUGCAUUUAUAGCGAUUUUAAGCAAUUUAGAAAGUCGAAACUUUAUUAUGGAUUGAUAGAUAGUGAUUUAAUUGGAUAAAGAAUAAAGGGAUACUGGAGGGUUAGGGCGAAGGAAGAAGUAUUGAUGAUAACCUCUGUUUUGAUAGUGUUCUAGAAUGUUUUGAGGCGUAUAUAUUGAUCGAAAAUGACAGUAAAGGAAGAAUUUGACAAGUUCAAACACGAUGUAGAGGAAGUGUUUCAUGAUGUUGAAGAAGUUUUUCACGAUGUUAAAGAACACAUGAUAUUGUCCGUGCGGGACUUCAGCAUUCAAAUAGCCUUUGUUCUCAUGGGAAUAACAUCUGCCAUCUUGAUCAUAGGUACCGUGUAUGUCUGGUGUUUUCAUCAUCCAAAGCGUCCCAAGAAAUCUGAGGAUUCAAAAGAUCAUGAACAUGUCGAAGAACACCCCUCAUCCGAACAGGCGGAUCUUCCAAAUCACAAUCAUUCAGUAAAAUCUUCUUCUCCCAAAAAGAAAACAAGGAUACCAGAAAGGGAGGUAAAGGUGGAGGAGAAUCACCAGGAAGUGUUUGAAGAAGUUGCUCAAAAGAAAGAAGAUUCAGGAAUUUCUGAUCAAAAUGGAGUAAGGCAAAGAACUACCACUGCAAAUGCUAAUAACAACAACAGUCCAGUAAAAUCCAAGAUUCCUGUGAGACAAAAAAGUAGAAAUUCUUCUUCAUCUUGAUUUAAAUAAGUGGUACGAUAUAUUUUUUUUUGAGAAAUGGACUGUUGUUGAGUUGUCCAAAAUAGCCUAUUUUACUUAUGAUCCAACUUAACGGUUUUACUGCUUUACCACAUUCAGUAAAUAGUCAUAGACAUGUCUUAUGUGUUUUGAUAUUGUUACAAAGAUCCUGUUUAAGAUUACGAUGAGCAUGUUGAACAUGAAGUGAAUUUUUUUUCAAUUUUAUGAUGACAUAUUGGCUUAAUGUUUAAAUAGUACAUCAUUAAUUAAACAUUUAAAGGUUGUGUGCACUGUUCAGAUUAAAGACUUAAAAUGCUAACGGGUAAUCAUAGGAUUUUAUUAAAGAACUUAUGCAACACAAAUAAAAUUGUAGCUAUAAAUAAACUAUAGGCCUACUAUGCAUGUUUUAGAAUUUCUGACUUAUUUAUGUUAUUUUCCUUUAAGUAUAUGAUACAUGUUAGAUAAAAAAUAUUACAUAGCAGUAUCAAAGUCUUCCUACCUGUUUAUUAUAUGUUUUUUGAUGAAUUAUCACUUAGUGAGGUAUAAGUUAUAUCACACUGUUUGAAACAUGGUGAGGUGCAGA